GAAGCGCGAUGCAAAUGGCUCGCCGUUCCGUCGCCCCAACCGAACGGACGUGACACGCACGCACGGACGCACGGCACGCGGACACGGCGCGCGCGCGGCGACUCCGGGCUGGGGUCUCCCUCUUCCCUUCCCUCAGAUCCAACUCCGUUUCUCCAUUCCCUCCCUAGCCCAGCCAGGGAACCAGUCUCAGUGAAUCCCGCGCCCGGAUCAAUCUCGCCCAAGGAAGCAGCUCUUCACGACUUGCUUCCAGAUCCAUCCAUCCAUCCAUCCAUCCAUCCGAGGUUGGGCCGUGGGGGUGUCGGUGCGGUGGGAAAUGGGGAAGGGGAUCAGCGGCGACGCCCGCCUCGCCGCGGCGCCUUACGACCAGUGGGUGCUGCUGAGCCCCGCCGGGGGCUCGCCGCGCCCGCCCGCGCGCUACAAGCAUGCUGCCCAAGUGGUUCAAGACAAGCUGUACGUUGUCGGAGGGAGUCGCAACGGCCGUUCUCUAUCGGACGUCCAGGUUUUUGAUUUUAAGACAUCCUCUUGGUCAGCGUUAAGCCCUGCUAGAGGCUCAAAACAUCCCAACCAUGAAAAUGAUGCCACAGGUGGAUCGUUCCCAGCAUUAGCAGGCCACAGUAUGGUCAAGUGGAAAAACUAUCUCCUGGCCGUAGCUGGGAGCACAAGGUCGUCAUCAUCAUUAAAUAAGGUUUCAGUUUGGCUUAUUGAUGUGCAAGCCAAUAGCUGGUCUGCUGUUGAAACUUAUGGAAAAGUUCCAACAGCUCGAGAUGGCCAAUCAGUAUCCAUACUUGGUUCUCGAUUACUGAUGUUUGGUGGAGAGGAUAACAAGAGAAGGCUACUGAAUGAUCUUCAUAUACUUGACUUGGAGACAAUGAUGUGGGAAGAAGUCAAAUCAGAGAAAGGUGGUCCAGCUCCUAGGUAUGAUCAUUCGGCUGCUGUUUACGCUGACCAGUAUCUUCUGAUCUUUGGUGGCUCUUCUCACUCUACAUGCUUCAAUGAUCUUUACCUACUUGACUUGCAAACUCUGGAGUGGUCUCAACCUGAUGCCCAAGGAGCACACAUAACUCCUAGAAGUGGUCAUGCUGGUGCUAUGAUUGAUGAAAAUUGGUACAUUGUUGGCGGUGGAGAUAAUGCAAGUGGUUCCACUGAUACAGUUGUAAUUAAUGCUUCCAAGUUUGUGUGGUCAGUGGUCACUAGCGUCUCAGCUAGAGAUCCUCUAGCUUGUGAGGGUCUCACCCUUUGCUCAACCACAGUUGAUGGCGAAAAAGUUCUAAUUGCCUUUGGCGGUUACAAUGGGAAAUACAGCAACGAGAUCUUUGUUUUGAAAUCCAAGCCAAGAAAUUUAGUCCAACCUCGUCUUCUUCAAUCAGCAGCUGCAGCCGCCGCCGCCGCUUCUGUGACAGCUGCCUAUGCUGUAAUUACUGCCACAGAUGAGAAAACCAGAGAUAUUGUUGCUACAGAUGAUUUUGAUAUCAAGAGAGCUCAACCUGCAAGUAAUUCCAAAAAGUUUGUUGCUGAAAUUGAUGUACUUAAUGGAGAGAAUGGUAAACUAGCGGCUAGAUUGGCAGAGGUUCGCGAUGAAAACUCAAAACUAAAGGAUAAAUUAGACAUGACAAACUUGUCAUAUGGUGAAUUAGCAAAGGAACUUAAAUCAGUUCAAGAUCAACUAGCAGCAGAGGGUUCAAGAUGCCAGAAGCUUGAGUCCCAAAUUGCUGCUGCACGGAAGAGACUGGAAUCUGCUGGUUCUUUGGAGAAUGAACUAGAAGUAUUGCAUCAACAUAUAUCUCAGGUGGAGGAAACCAUUGCAACUACUCAGAGAAGAAAAUCUGGGGGUGUUUGGAAGUGGGUGGCGGGUAGUACAGAGGUCUCUGACGAUGAAUAGUUGACAAGCAGCUUCCGAACAGGAAACGUAAGCGGAGGAUCUGCUACAGUUUUGAGGCAGCUUGUCUGUUGCCAGUUGCCGGGUGCUUCCUCAAGGUCUUGCUCAUGGUUGAUCUCGAAAAUAUGUCUCCCGAAAUAAUCUUGUUUAUCUUCUUCGGUGGUGGCACCUGGUAGAAAAUUUUCCUGGGCAGUCUUAGACAUUAAUUCAACAGUAAAAGCAUAACAUCAUGCAAGUAUACCAAAUACUGAGAGCGUAUCGCAUUGGAUUAUUAGCAGCGCUUUGUUUUUGUCGUCUGGUACCUAUUUUUUGGCUGGCGGUUAUUACAAGAGCGGUCUCAUAUUAUAAAUUAUUAUAUAGGGCGUUCAUUGGUUGUGACGCUGGGAAUUGAGGAAAUAUACAUUGCUUAUACCGUAAAUUUAGAAACAUUUAUCUGGUAACAUAUACUGCACCCAUGGACCGUCUGUCCUUUUGAAUUGCACGUCUGCACCAAAAGAGAGCUGUGCUGUACA